AUUGACAUUGACAUUUGCACUGUGAUUUGCACGACAUUUGUUUUGGUAACGAGAAUUCUUAUUUACGAAUUCAUUAAUUUACCUAUGUCUGCUUUUUUAUUAAUAAGUAUGAAUUAUUUCUUCUAACAUCAAUUAAAGCACUUAACUGGAAGCGUUUCUUAAUAUUUGAGCUGACACAGUUAUUGUUAUUUUUACACGUUGAAUUUCAUCAUCCUAACCUAUUUUUCUGUAAAGUAAAUGUUCUAAGUUACAAAUGCAUAAAAUACUCGAGUUUCAAGCGGUAGUGUUAGCAGCGGGAAGAGGUUCGCGCUUGCCUGAUGUUGGUGGGACAGUCUCGAAAUGCUUACUCCCCGUGGGACCCUACCCGGUCCUAUGGUACUCCCUGAAUAUGCUUGAGAAGUAUGGAUUUCAAGAAACAAUUGUAGUUGUACUGGAUGAAGAUAAAUCAAACAUACUCAAUGCAUUAGAAAAAUGUCCAUUGAAAAUUAAAUAUGAAUUAAUAGUUAUUCCAUCUGAUGAAGAUUGGGGCACUGCAAACUCACUCAAACACAUCAGCAGUCGAAUCACAACUGAUCUUAUAGUGGUAUCUGGAGAUCUCAUCACUAAUGUAAACCUAAAUGAAGUUCUAAACCUCUACCGCAAACACGAUGCAGCCCUUGCAACAUUGUUCUUUAAUAAUGGCCCAGAAGAAUGGAUAGAGCUCCCUGGUCUCAAAACUAAGGCAAAGCCAGACAGAGAUCUUGUUUGUAUUGAUAAGGAAACUGAAAGACUUGUUUUUCUGGCCAGUGCUAGUGACUUUGAAGAGAAUAUAACAAUACCCCGCAUGCUUAUGAAAAAAUUUAGAACUAUAAGCUUGUACAGCAGAUUAUUGGAUGCCCAUGUGUAUAUUAUGAAGAAUUGGGUUAUAAACUACUUAGUAGAAUCUGAUAAAUUUACAUCAAUCAAAGGGGAACUAAUACCCCACAUUGUUAAAAAACAGUUGUCUAAACCCAAAAACCCAUUGGAGAAGAAGGGAACCUCAGAAAAAAAUGUUGAUAUAUCUAAAGAUAUAUUCGAUUUUGCCAUUGAUCAAGGAUAUGAGAGUAAAAUUAGAGACAUGUCAAGUUAUAAUGACCACAAACUAGGUAGCAAAGGAGUAUACUUCAAUGAUGUUCUCAGGUGUUAUGCACAUAUACCAAAUAAAAAUACAUUUGGUAUUAGAGUCAAUACACUAUCAACACUUUAUUUAUCAAACAAUAAGAUAGUAUCAAAGUGGGAGGAACUAACGGGUACAACGCUCACGGACAGGCUUCAUCCCAACAGUGAAGUAAAAACAAAACAAAUUGAUGAAACAUGCACAGUCGGAGAGAAAAGUGUUAUCAGUGAAAAAACCUCUAUAAAGAGUUCAUUCAUUGGUGCUAACUGUACAGUUGAAAACAAAGUCAGAUUAACCAACUGUAUAUUGAUGAACAAUGUUACUGUCAAAGAGGGAUGUGUCCUUCAAGACUGCAUUAUUUUCACGGGUGCCACACUGGACUCUGACUGCAAUCUACAGUACUGUCUCGUCGGACCGCACCACGUAGUGCCCGCUAAAUCGAAAGGAAAUCACCAACUGUUUGCUGAAACCACAGACAGUAUGAUUACUCUUGGAUGAUACUAAUUGGGAUAUUUAUUAAAUAAAACUUUUGAAUAUAAACUUUGUUU